CUUCGCGAGACAGCACUGAUGACUUGGGCGCUACCGGCGGAUGAUGCUCGCUGGAAACGGUGCCCCACAGAUUCCCGAAUGUGCCUUUCAAUCACAAAAGGAAAAAAAGCGCACAUACUAUGCCUGAUAAACCCAUUGAAGUUUUGCUUCGAUUUCCUUAGUAUCGCCAAACGCUUGCUGUCGAUUGGGUAAACAGGGAUCAACGUCUGUCAAGCAUAGUCCAAUAUGGUCGCCAAAAAAGUGUUAUGCUGUUUCUUUAAUACACUUUCUUUUUGUUAAAAAAAUCGUGGACCGAAGAAAACGCCGUUUAAUCCUAUUUUGUCCCCGAUUUUGGUUUCCCCGAUCCGCCUUCUUGGCGCUAAAGGUCUACUACACACCUAGGCCAUCAAAAUGAUGGAACAUGAAACUCCGAAGCUGCUCAGUGCUGACCUGGAAGAUGGAGAGCUCUCCGAUAGCGAUGGCGAUGGCUACACGCCCCUACCAAGACCGGAGCUAUCCAAACCAGAAUACCAACUGGCGGCCCCGAGUCACUCGCGACAGAUGGACGUAGCAUCGGACGAUCCAGAUGACGAUGACGAUAAUUUGGGACUGGAGAAGAGCGAUUCCGAGGGCAGCUCGGACGAGAGUACGAGCAACGUGCGCCUCGGUUCUUUGGCCAUCGCAAAGCGAAUGAGCGGUCAUUCAGCGCGCACACGCCCACCACAGCCGAAACGGCCCAGUCCAGCAAGGCCUCCCGUGAAUGGGUUCGCUCACGGGCCACACCAGAAGGCUCGACCGAACAAAUACAACAUUUGGACAGAAAGUCUGCAGGAGGACACGCUAAUGGAGACGAUGCGGGGUUGCGACGUAACGCCGCACGCACUUCGCAGCCGGGAUGUGGAAUCGUACGAUUACAAGCUGAAGGAUCGGCUUCAGAGCGGCAACGCUUUCAAUCGGCUAAAACGGCGACAGUCGUACUCGGAUGAUUCGGAUGGACCGGCGGCCUGUGGAGGGAAGCGCAUGAAAACGGGUCGCACCCACUACCCGCAUGCCGCUGCGGAGGGACGCGAGCGACGAGUCAGUGUGAAGGAACGUAUUGGGAUACGGAAUAGUACCGAUACGAACAGUGAUGAUAGUGGCCAGAGUGCCCCGAGAUUUGCUUUCAGGCACAUUCAAGAUCUGGAUCUCGAGGACGGGUGUAGCGAUCAACAGUUUGCCUUCGAACUUGCCGACAAACUAUGUGAGCAGCACACAGACUUGAUGGUUCGAGUGGUAGAAGUACUCGGCAGGGAGAUACCACUAAAAAUGUUCAAAGAAACUCAGAAAAUCGAAGCAGACGGUGGUAUGCUCGUGAUGAAAGGCUGGCGACGACGAACUCCCGGUGGAGUUUUCCUCUUCCUUCUCAAACACUGCGACGACGUCGACGCGGAGCUGAAGAAACAGAUUUUCACCGAAGACAAAAAAGCGAAGCAGAAAGAUUGGAAGCUCGCAAAGGCGAUCAAUCGGGACAAAAAGGUCGAGGAGUUGAAGAAAAAGCUAAAUCGACAAGCGAGCGAAGCUGAACUACCUGCCAUUCCGAUGAUGGCGCAUCUGAAGGCAGAAACAAACAGCACGCUUUCAAACCCUCCGCCAUCUCCCGUUGGAGAAGAGAAUUACGAUGGUCAGCAGGACUUUGAGGCCCGCGAUAUUCACGUCAAUGCGCUUAGUCCUGAGAAAAUCGGCAUGCUCACGGCGGAAACAGACAAAGAAGACUCCGACGCUGGCAUCGAGGAUCACAAUCAACCAGCGGCAGGUCGUACAGACGUUACCGCCGAUACAAAUGUGCCACCGAACUCGCAACGAAGCGUGCAAAGCUACCAGGACGAUUGUCUCGAUAUUACUUGCGACGAUAUGGACAUGUUCUAGCGAGCAAGGCAAGUUUAGAGUAGAUUGUAAAGGACUGAAAGAGGACUGAUAAAGACGCCAAGUAUGCCUAACACUCAUUCGUUGCCCGAAUUGAACAAAUGCGAUUGAAAUACGUGUAGAGAGCGCAGGGGAAAACCGAAGCGAAUCGGUUUCCGGAGGGCACAGGCAAGAAUUUCAUGUAAAUACCGGUUAACUAUGUAUGCUGAAUUCUCGGCGCAUACGCCAUAAAAACGCUAUUUUGAAUGCUUA